AUGUCCGGUAUUUCUAUCGAUAAUAAUUGGGAUCCUUCGGAUUAUUACCAUCGGGUUGCGGAAAAAUUAACUAGACUAGUUCUUGUUGCUGAGAUUCUUGAUUAUGAGUCUGUUGGGGGCAUUUUGGCCUCUGGAAGAAAGGCUUAG